GAUACAAUACAGUGCUUGCUUGCUAAUUACGCUUGCCAUCGACGAGACCGUUCUCUCUCCAGGACCACCACCAUCAGUAUGCAUUGUGCCCCUCAAAAGCAGUCCAUUUUGCGUCUAGCGAGACGGGCUAUUAUACCCUCACCGCACACGCGUGUUCUCCGCGCAUCGUCCUCCAGUUGCCUUCCAGCGUCUGGCUCUUCAUCUCCAAACCCAUCUUUUCCUUGUGUAGACGCCCACGCUGCACGGGAGUCUCGCAUUAUCGCCUCAUCAGCUCCUAAAUUGUCUCACUUUAAACCACAGUUGUCCUCAGAGUCCGGUCCCGAACCUCCGUAUGCUCGUCCAAACCCGCUAUCUUACAACGUUUACCACCAUGAAAGGCCUUUGCCACUGACUUACGCCUCUCCACUUCCGUCUGUGGACAUUGCUUAUGAGACCUGGGGCACUCUUUCGCCCAAUAAAGACAAUGUCAUACUUCUCCACACGGGUCUAUCUGCCUCUUCACACGCCGCAUCAACUCCUGCUAAUCCCGCGGAUGGCUGGUGGGAAAAGUUCAUUGGCCCGGGCAAGGCUUUGGAUACUAACCAAUUCUUUGUCAUCUGUACCAACGUUCUGGGAGGCUGCUAUGGAACAACUGGCCCUUCAUCCGUCGAUCCCUCCACUGGAGAGCGUUAUGCUACCAGGUUUCCUGUAGUUUCGAUUUUCGAUAUGGUCCGCGCACAGUUUUGCUUGCUAGAUCAUCUUGGCGUACAUAAACUUUAUGCUAGUGUGGGUUCCUCAAUGGGUGCAAUGCAGAGUCUUGCGGUUGGCUGGCUGUAUCCUGAGCGUGUCGGAAAGGUAGCCAGUAUAAGCGGCGCUGCCCGUAGUAGCCCAGGAAGUAUUGCCAUGCGUUAUGCCCAAAGAAGCGUUCUCAUGGCUGAUCCAAAUUGGAACAAAGGUUUCUAUUAUGAUGGUCUACCUCCCCACACAGGAAUGAAACUCGCUCGCCAAAUUGCUACUAUCACAUAUCGUUCGGGACCUGAGUGGGAUCAACGUUUUGGGCGCAAAUUACGCCAAUUACCGCCACCAGAAACGCCGGUCUCGUCCUCAAGUGUGUCUUCUGAUCUCAAUUUGCCCCGUAUACCAGCCCUUUGCCCCGACUUUCUCAUAGAAACUUAUCUGGACCAUCAGGGCGAGCAAUUCUGCCUAAAGUAUGACGCCAAUUCCCUGAUCUAUAUUUCAAAAGCAAUGGAUCUCUUCGAUAUGACCCUCCCAGCUCUUCGUGAACUGAAUCUUGUUCCGCCACAGCCUCGGACCGAUUCUACUCAACAUAUGUCUCACUUCACUCCCACGCAAACUUCUCACUCGAAGUCACACCCUCCUCCGACAAAUCCGCCUCCACACCUUCCGGACCUCGCGGAAGGCCUUGGUCCUCUUGCGAACACACCCACUCUCAUCCUCGGUGUGCAGAGCGAUAUCUUGUUCCCUGUUGAACAACAGCGAGAAGUUGCCGAUGCUCUGCGGAUGGCAGGAAACGAACAAGUAAGUUAUUACGAACUUGGAGGCGUGUGGGGACACGAUACUUUCCUCUUAGACGUCUUGAACGUAGGAGGAGCGAUUCGUGGCUUUCUAUCUUAGGAUAGGUGAAAUCUUAGUUUGUACUUGCGCUUAGUUUUGUAUCACACUUUUGUUCUAGUAAUGGAUUGAAAAUACACUUACGACCGAAAUCUU